AUGCCUCAGUGGGGUGCAGGUAAUUCUAGAGCUAUAGAAGCGAGACUCAGAAAAAAGUUAGAAAAAGACAGAAAACAAAAAGAAAUUGAAGAAAAAAAAUUGGAAGAGUACUGGAGAGAUGAUGACAAAAAAGUUCAAGCAAAAAUACAAAGAAAAACGGAAGCAGAAAAUAAAAGGCAACAAAAACUAGAUAGAAAAAAAGAAUUAAGAGCUCUUUAUGGAGAAGAAGAAAAAUCUAUGAAAUCUAAUAAAGAAAGUAAAACAACUAAUACAAAAGUUUCUCAAGCAGAAAUCUUGCAAAGACUGAUUGAAGAAAAAAAAAAGGAGCUGGAAGAAGAAAAAAAAAAAAAAAAUAAUAUAAAUGUACAUGAAAUGGAACUAGAAGAAAAUAUAAACCACAUACAAAGAAAUGAAAUGAAUGAUUAUGAUGAAUAUAUAAAUGCAACUGGGAUUGAUAAUGCUAUUUCAGCAUUAGAGAAUAUAUCUUUUGAUAAAACUAAAAAAGUCAAAGUUGCUUAUAAAAAAUUUGAAGAAGAAAAUUUACCAAUUGUUAAAGAAGAAUAUAAAGGAUUAAAAUUAUCUCAGUAUAAGCAGAUAUUAUGGAAACAGUUCAAAAAAUCUGUAGAUAAUCCACUGAAUCAAAAAGAUUAA